CUAAAGGCAAGGAUCAGGAGCUGUGGGACCCGGAACGAAAACCAGGGAGCGGCUGUGAGCCCGUCGGCCGUUUGCCGUGAGAGCGUGCGGUUGACAAGGUGGCGGGACCGGGACGCAUCCGCCAUGUUCUGCGAAAAGGCCUUGGAGCUGGUCCGCGAGCUACACCGCGCGUCGGAAGGGCAGCUGCCAGCUUUCAACGUGAGGGGGAACCUGGAGGAUGGACUCAGGCAAGUUCUGGAGGAAAUGAAAGCUUUAUAUGAACAAAACCAGUCUGAUGUGAAUGAAGCAAAGUCAGGUGGACGAAGUGAUUUGAUACCAACCAUCAAAUUUCGACACUGUUCAUUGUUAAGAAAUCGACGCUGCGCUGUAGCAUACUUGUAUGACCGAUUGCUUCGGAUUAGAGCACUCAGGUGGGAAUAUGGCAGUGUUUUGCCAAAUGCCUUACGAUUUCACAUGUCUGCUGAAGAAAUGGAGUGGUUCAAUCAUUAUAAAAAGUCCCUUGCUAUUUAUAUGAGGUCUUUGGGAGGAGAUGAAGGUUUGGAUAUUACACAGGAUAUGAAACCUCCAAAAAGCCUAUAUAUUGAAGUGCGCUGUCUAAAAGACUAUGGAGAAUUUGAAGUUGAUGAUGGUACUUCAGUCCUAUUAAAAAAAAAUAGCCAGCACUUUCUACCUCGGUGGAAGUGUGAGCAGCUGAUCAGACAAGGAAUUCUGGAGCAUGUCCUGUCAUGACCUCACACUGAGGCACUGCCAAGCUUCCCUGUGUUGCAACGCUGAACCCAUCCACAGAAACUUCUACACUUCCUUCUCCACACUCCCCCACCCCUUUGGUUUUAAAAGUUACAUUCUUUAAUAUAACCCAGAAUAUUUGGCUAAGGAGUAUCCUUUGUUUUUCUGUUGUACAGGAUUCCUCCUUUUUUUGUAUAUGUAUCUAUAAUCAUAACAUUCUUACAGUUACUGCAAUGUGUGUGUGUGUGUGUGUGUUUAAAGGAAGUAAACAUUUAUUACAUUUGAAUCUUUUAAACAGUAAGAGAGUUUCACUUGGCUGUUUAGGGAGAAAGUAGGUCCCUGUACAUCUUGUGUUGUUCCUGGUGGUGUGCAUUAUUUAAGUCGGGGAGCUGACUUUCUGGAAUAUGUGCUUCCAGAUCACAUGGGCACAUGGAGAUGAUGUUCUAUAAAAAUUUUCAGUACAUGUAAUGUUUAAUGAUAAUUGUCUGGCUUUUUGGGAUGGAAAAAAAGGACACAAUGGAUUUGCCUGUUUCCAGCAGUGGUGGCUGGUCUCUUGUCUGUCUGAACUUGUGGGGUGAGCAGCAGUAUCACCACUUUGGAAAGGGAAAUAGAAAUUAGGACUAGAAAAGAAACUAUGUACAUUUUUCCCCCAGAUUCAUAUGGACAGAAAAGUCACAUGAAAAGUUGGUCAUGUAAGUGGAGGGAAGUUUCUGUUGUCCAGUGAACUGAAUGGUAGGAGUUGGACAGGCCCAGAGUGAUCCUGCCUAGUCGUCGUUGGCCUUUCCCCACUAGUCCCCUCCAUCCAGCCCAGUAAUCUGAAAGAGGCAUUCAAAUUGAAAAGACUAGAUAAGCCUGGUACCUUGCACCUACUAUACAUGCAUUAUAUAGGGGAAUGUUUCUGGCCAAAAUCAAGUUACAGAAGCAUUUAGGAUGUGGAGCUGUGUUUUCAUAGUAAACCUACUUAGGGGAGUAGGCUGCCCUUUGCAGAUUACUUUCAUUAUUGAAAGUAGUUUCUCCCCAAAGAGCCAGAGAAGUGACAGGGAAUCUACAGGUUAUAAGAGAUUUGUGAACUCAGCCAAGCACAGUGGUGGCAGGGACUCACAAAGACAUGUUUUAGACAAUACUCAUGUGUAUGGGCAAAAAAGGACUUAUUUGUGACCAAUUGUAUAACAUGUUAUUUUAGUUUCUGUUCUGUAGAAAGUAAAGCAUUCCAACAAAGGGUUUUAAUGUAGGGUGUUUUUAUUUGCACCCAUGCUGCUGAUUGCUAAAUGUAAUAGUCUGAUCAUGAUGCUGAAUAAAUGCCUUUUUAAAAAAAGAAACAAAUUUCUUCCCACAGUUUUUGUAGCUAGAAGAGAUUUUAAUCUAAAUCUCUGCUGAUAAACAAUAAAGAAAAUUUCCCUAGUAAAUGGGAUGAAUGAUGUUGAUAUUUUAACUGUGGGUGUGAAGUCACUUCUUUCAUAUUUACUCCCAGAGCACAUGGAACCAUGCACACAGGUGAGCCCCAAAGUCCACGAGUCAGCUUUGAGGAUAGAUAAAUGGCGUGAAGGCCACUAUCAUAUUAGCCCACUAUCGUUCCUGAACUUAAAUUAUACUGUUGUUUUGUGUUUAAUUCCCCCAAUAAAAUAAUAAAGUAUAUCCUUAUUUGAAAUGAAUGUAUUCUACCGUGUUACCCCAAAAAUAAGACCUAGCC